GUACGGUGGCCGCGGGGCGGCGGCGACGGGCUCAGCCGGCCGGCGCGGGGCCGCCAUGGGCAACCUGUUCGGCCGCAAGAAGCAGAGCCGGGUCACCGAACAGGACAGGGCCAUCCUGCAACUGAAGCAGCAGAGGGACAAGCUGAGACAGUACCAGAAGAGGGUCACACAGCAGCUGGAGAGAGAGCGGGCUCUGGCCAGGCAGCUGCUGCGGGAUGGCAGGAAAGAACGGGCCAAGCUGUUGCUCAAGAAGAAGAGGUACCGGGAGCAACUGCUUGAUCGGACGGAAAACCAGAUCAGCAGCCUGGAAGCCAUGGUUCAGAGCAUCGAGUUCACGCAGAUCGAGAUGAAGGUGAUGGAGGGACUUCAGGUGGGGAACGAAUGUCUGAAUAAGAUGCACCAGGUGAUGUCCAUAGAGGAGGUGGAGAGGAUCCUGGACGAGACGCAGGAGGCAGUGGAGUACCAGCGGCAAAUUGAUGAGCUGCUGGCGGGAAGCUUCACCCAGGAGGACGAGGAUGCCAUCCUGGAAGAGCUGAAUGCAAUCACUCAGGAACAAAUCGAGUUACCAGAGGUCCCGUCAGAGCCCCUCCCCGACAUAAACCCAGAAGCCCCUGCCAAGGCCAGAUCCAGGCAGGCAGAGCUGGUGGCGGCUUCAUAACCUGGCCUUUCCAAGGACUCACAGGGAUUCUCUGAGGACUGGCCCACUGAGCCUUUGGCUGCGCGUCAACCCUGAGGGCUCCCAGGAGGCCUGGAGGAUGGGACUGGCCAGUGUAGGUGCUGACAGCUGGAACAGCAGCUUACAUGGGAGGGAGCUAACAUUGGGGCGCCACACUGCCCCUUGCAGUUUAGUCUGGAUGGAGCUUUGUCUCUUUCUCCUUCUGGACUAAGUGGACCCUCGACCAGCCAUGGCCAGCUUCAGGCAGCUGUGGACCCCAUGGUGCUGUUCUUAUGAUGACCCAGCCUGUGUGACCUGCGCUCUUCUGUGAGGAAGCACCUCAGACCUUGGGGUCCCUGUGUUCCUUCUCUUGUCUCUGCUCUGACAUGAGCUGGUGGGGCUGCAGUUGAGGAGUUGUCACCUUGCCUGGCGUCCUGAUAUCCCUCAGUGUCCCUGAGGCUAGUGGCAGAAGCCCUAGGGUUCUCCAAGUCUCUUGGAGCAUCUUUGGUAUCUCACACUCGAUCCUCUUAUGUUGGGGGAGGUGGACCAGAGGCCAUCCUGCUGAAUGGACAAAUCUAGGAGCCUGACUUGGGGGUCUGUUCACAAAAGAAAGACAUGUUGAAGGUGGUAACAAGACCCUGUUUUAAACGGCAUGUACCCAUGGAGUCCUGGACACACGAAGCCACCAACACCCAGAAGGCACAGAACUCGGAGGUGACCUCCAGAGCCCUAUGCUUGUUUGAUUACGGACAAUCUCUGGUCCUCAGGUCUUAGAGGAACAAAGGGUCUUAUGUACCCUUAGGGCCUACUAGGAAAGGAGGACAUCUCUUCCUUAACCCCAAACAGGUCAACCUCAGUAUUAAAGUUGACCCCUGCAUGGUCUUUAGCCUCUUGAA